ACCACGGUAAAUAAACCACUUCAUCGAACUCCGGUAAAAAAUGGCCGUGAUACCUAACAUAAAUAAAUGCCAUGUAAAUUGAAUAAGAGUACUUACACUUAUCUUGUUUCAAUGAUUUAAGUAUUAAUUACUUGCUGAAAAACUGUUUUGAGUAGAAAUGUCCAUUAAAAUAUGAUAUUAAAUUAUCAUGCACUUAUAAUGCCUUUUAUUUAUUUUGCUCACAUUAUUUCACUUGCAGCGUCAUAUAAAGUAUAUAAUUUAUCACCAUGUAAAUAAAUUAUUGAAACAAAAUAAGUGUAAAGAUAUGUUUUUAUUUUUUUUACACGGAGUUCGAUGAAGUGUUUUUGUUGUGAUAUAACCAAUUUGUUAGUAAUAGUCGAGACGACAGUUUUUUCGGGGAAUUUGUUUUGUCACUAAGUUUUUUUUUUAUUCAAUAAGUACUUUUAUUUAUUCUGUAUACAUUAUUUGUACACUUUAGUUAGCAUAUUUAUAAUUAAAUAAUAGGUACGCCAAUAUAGUAUCGUACGCGAGGUGCGAACACAGUAAUAACUACGGCGUGGAUUUCAAUGCAAAAUUAAUUUUUUUUUGCAUAUUUCGAUGUUUUUUAUUUUUAAAGCAUUUCUAGAAUUAUUGGAUCUUUUUGUUGGUUUUAAUGUAUAUUUGUUUAAUAUGACACCCGUACUUAGAUAAAUAACAAAUAAUUAGUUAGUUUUUGUUACAUCACGGUUGUAUUUUGUAUUUCGUGUUCGUAAUUUUAAUGAGGAUAAAUAUUGUAUUAAAUAAUGCCCCCUAAAAAAAUUAUCAAAAAAUUAAUAUGGUAUUUUUAAGAUCAUUUCUAAGGUAGCGACAGCUGGCCAGUCCGGGCACCAUCAAAUUCGAUAAGAUUUUAGAAAUAGAUCUUCCAAGUACCAGACAUAUUAUACUAUAAAUUGGCAAUGCAAAAUACGAAGCAGAUUCCGGAAUCCAGUCGAUGUGAACCAGCUAAAUACGAGUAUAAGAAAUCGUCGUAUGUGGAGAUUUAUGAUGUGCUACAAUCCUUAAGGAAAGAUGAGAUUCUUUGUGAUAUUAAACUAGAAACAGACGACGGUGGAGUUAUAUUCGGCCAUAAAGUGGUUUUUGCAUCGGCUAGUCCAUAUUUCCACGCAAUGUUCACAAACUUUUCAGAAAAGAACCAAGAUCUUGUUGUUAUCAAGGAGUUGGAUUCUAGUGCCUUACAUAUCUUAAUCGACUUUAUUUACUCUGGGAAAAUUAUAAUCACUGAAAGUCAUGUACAGGUGUUAUUGUUACCAGCGGCGAAUCUUUUGCAGUUAGAAGAAGUAAAAGAGGCAUGCUGUAAUUUUCUAUAGGCUAAACUAUGGUCCUACAAAUGUUAUUGGGAUAAAUGCGUUAGCUGAUUUACAUGGCUGCAUGCAAUUGUCAACGAGUUCAGAAUUAUAUUUUCAUCAACA